AUGCCGCUGUCUGCAGAGGUGGAGCGCCAAGUUGCUGCCCUGAUCGAAGGGAGCAAGAAUGGUGAGUUCUUGGUCAGGAAUGUCCAAGAAAUCUUCAGCAUCCUGCGCCGCAACAGCCUCCUCACCACCAUGAGAAUCCCCCCCAUGGCGGUCGGGGUGCACCCGCAGAACCGCGACGGUGCCGCCCUAGUGACUCAAGAUGUCCACGAACUUCUUGAGAGGAUAGUUCAAGUUGGUUUUACCCCCAGUCGCGUCAAUGCGAUCGGCAUAGAGGUCGCCAGCGAGGGAGAAAGAGAGUUCAACAAACAGCUCGUGAUGUCUGCCGGCUCGCAGCUGGGCCAGAUGGACUCUGCAGCACUUAAGGUGCUGAGCUUGUCUGGGAGCCACACAAACUGGGCACUGCGCCUGGUGGCUAGUGGCUCGCCGCAUGCGUCUGACAUCAUCUCAGUCAACGGGCAUGUCUCGUUUGAACUUGUGGAGAAGCGGGACAAAUGUCUGGCUGAUCAUGCCCGCGAGGGCCUCACAUGGCAGAUCAUUGCCAGCGAGGUUGGCCGGCGCUUUCCAGAGCUUCUUCAGAUGGUCCAGGCGUCUUGUAACGCCACAUUGCAAAAGACCGAAUCGGAGCUCCAGCUCCUGAGGCGUGUGUGUUCCUUGCUCUCCAAAGUUGCAGAUGGCAAGCCCGACUACAAGCUCAUCAAGAAGCAGGCUUUGGCCUCGAAGCCGCCGUGCGGCGACAGCCUUGCGGGCAUCUAUGCCUUUGCUCUGAAGUUCAGUGGUGGGGCUACAGCAUGGAUGGUUACGGAAACCGAAAGCUUCGUCCGAGCUAAUGGCUACCCCAGCCAAGUCAUCACGCCCGCCAACCUGAAAAAGGUUUUUGGCAAGGACGGCUUUUGCAAGGCACAGUCGGCGGACGCCGUCAUCAG